AUGUCAGCGCGGUCCGGUCAGCCAUUUCAGUUCCAUGGCUUCCAGACCACCAUUGAUGUUGCUCGUCAGCAAAAUGACCAGGACAAUGCUCAUAAAGUUCCCGUUCCAAGUCACCCUACCUCUACCAGCCACUUGAAUUCUCGUCCAGUCGAUUUUGUCCGGCCUUCUGUGGCCCCUUCCAGGAGUCGUCUAACUGCCAGCGAGAUCCGUCCUGUGGCGGCAAGUAUACUAGAAACAAAGGAGGAGCAGCAACCGGAAACAGUCCCCAGUGAAGACUAUGUCUAUGACCCUUGUUUAUUCUUAGAAAAUCCCCGGUAUGGAUUGUCACCGGCGCUAGUAUCUAACUUUGCUUCUGUUGGUGUCAAAAGCAUCUAUCCAUGGCAGGCUUCAUGUCUGCUUGCCCCGGGUCUACUUGAGGGUGAAAAGCAUUUGGUCUAUACGGCCCCUACAGGAGGAGGGAAGUCUCUUGUAGCUGAUGUUCUGAUGCUGAAACGUAUCAUCGAGAAUCCUUCUCGUAAAGCCAUUUUGGUUCUUCCAUACGUCGCACUAGUCCAGGAAAAGUCGAAAUGGCUUAAACGCAUGGUUCAGGAUGUUGAAAAACGCAUCGACGACAUCGAUGAUCAAGCAGGUGGUGCAAAUCCAUACCAUCAACGUUGGAAGAAGCUACAAAAGUCGAUCCGAGUCACUGGUUUCUUCGGAGGAAGCAGGUCAACCGAUACCUGGGCCAAUACAGAUAUUGCGGUUUGCACUAUUGAGAAGGCUAAUUCACUCAUCAACACUGCUAUCGAAGAACACACCAUCGGAGAUUUGGGUGUCGUUGUCCUGGACGAGCUGCAUAUGCUUGAUGAUGAGCAUCGCGGGUAUCUUCUGGAGCUAAUGGUCACCAAGAUCCUUCUGCUGCAGCAGGAUAUCCAGAUCAUUGGCAUGAGCGCCACUUUGUCGAACACUGAAUUACUUGCAGAGUGGAUGAAUGCAAAUUACUAUAUCUCAACAUAUCGGCCUAUUCCGAUCGAUGACUAUCUUGUAUAUGAGAACGCGAUUUAUCCCGCAGAAACCUCGAGGCAGCUAUUCCAGACAAUCACACAAUCUCCAUCAAUGUCCACCAUAUCCCUUACGGACACUAUGCCUCCCCAUCGUAUAAUCCAGCCCCCAACAUCUCGAGCAUUUGCAAAUCCAACCACAAAUGCGACGGUAGCGUUAUCAGUCGAUACGGCUGCUGCAGGAUAUGGUGCAUUGGUUUUCUGCGGUAGCAGACAAGCUUGUCAACUUCAUGCUUCUAUCAUUAGUGAAGCAAUGCCAAUACCAGCCGCAGUAGAUCCAAAUGAAUUAAGCAGACGAUUGGACCUGCUCGCCGAACUACGAAGUCUUCCAAGUGGUCUUGAUCCAGUUCUCGAGAAUACAUUAGUCAGAGGCGUGGCUUUUUACCAUGCGGGCAUGACAACAGAAGAACGUGAUUUCAUAGCGCAGGCUUACGAUCAAGGCGUUUUGAGGGUUCUCAUAGCCACUUGCAGUCUUGCGGCCGGAGUCAAUCUUCCUGCCAGGAGGGUCAUUAUUAAUGGUGUUCGGAUGGGACGUGACUUGGUGGGACCAGCAAUGCUGCGCCAAAUGUGUGGGCGGGCUGGUCGCAAGGGAAAGGAUGAGGCGGGCGAGACCUACCUCAUUUGUGGAAAGUCCGAGCUACAGGCAGUCUGCGAUCUGCUGGAAGCUGGUAUGCCAGCAAUUGAGAGCUGUCUAACGCCAGAGAAGCGUGGCCUCAAGAGGGCGAUUCUGGAAGCUAUAGCCACGGGCCUCGUCUCUGGUUUUGAAGCGAUCAAGGAUUACGUGAAAUGCACCCUUCUUUAUCGGACCACAGACAAAAAGAUAGUGUAUAAUGUUAUGAACGCUGCGCUCCAAGAAUUGGUCAGCGAAAAUCUUUUGCAUCAAAACGGUGACGAAUCAUAUGUUGCGACCCAACUUGGCCAAGCUAUUGCUGCAUCUGGAUUCGCACCUGAGGAUGGUCUUUUUAUUAACGAAGAGCUAAGCCGAGCGUUACAGGCUUUUGUGAUGGAUGGUGACAUGCAUAUCUUCUACAUGUUCACCCCCCUCCAGGUAGCGACGACCACACAAAUCAAUUGGCCCAUUUUUCGAGACCAGCUAGACAACCUUGACGAAAGCGGGCUGCGUGCUUUGCAAUUUGUUGGUGUUCAGCCGGGCUUUGUAAACAGAAUGGUUCAGAGCGGUUCAUCUCUCAAAGAGGACACUCCAGAGCAGAUCAAACUGGCCGCCGUCUACCGUCGCGCUUACACCGCGCUUCAGCUUCGUGAUUUGAGUAAUGAAGUCCCCCUAUCGGUGGUCGCCAGUCGUUACCAGACCCCUCGCGGGACAGUUCAGUCAUUGGCCCAACACUGCCACGGGUUUGCCGCUAGUAUGGUCAAGUUCUGUCAACGCAUGGGCUGGGGCAUGCUUGCAGCAGUCCUUGAUCAUAUGCGGAUUCGGUUGGAAGCCGGUGCUCGUGCUGAUUUAUUGGAGAUGGCUCAAGUCACAUACGUCAAAGGCCGGCUAGCUAGGUUACUACGAGACAAGGGGUUCCGAAACUUGAGGGCGUUGGCAGAGGCCAAUGCAAAGGCCCUUGUUCCCAUAUUAAUGAUGGUAAAUCCACGAAAAGCACAGAGAAGCCAAGCCCACCCCUCAGAAGCACAACGGUAUGCCAAAAAAUUGCUUGCCAAAGCAGAAGUAAUUGUUGCAUCAGCAAAUAAAGUUUGGGAACGUGAAAUGCAAGUCGAACUGGAUGAGUAA